AUGGGCCCAGGCUCAUCAUCUACUGUGUCUUCUCCAUCCCCUUCUCAGCCCAAAGUCCUUCUAUCAGAGGCCGCCUGCCAUGUUCCUUCGGACAAUACUGAUUCUUCUGAUGCUUCUGCCCGUAUCUCAUCAUCUGAUGUGAUAAGUUCUCCUGUCAUCACGGACCCUCUGAGCUCCCCGCGUCAUUCAGAUCAGGAACUUGUCAACAUCGUUCGGCGUUUUUGGGAACUCGAUAAAGUACCUGACGUGCUUCCUUUGACCCCUGCCGAGAAGGAGUGUGAAGUUCUGUAUCGCGCUGAAGUCACUCGUGACUCCACUGGCAGAUACACUGUUGGUUUGCCCUUCUCAUCUUAUCGUCUGGGUACCUCUGUCAAUGUGGCGACUAGGCAGUUUCUUCGAUUAGAAAAUCGUCUAGAAAAUAACCCUGAUCUUCGUGUCGCCUAUCAUGAGUUUAUGCGAGAUUAUCUCUCGAGUGGUCACAUGGAAUUGGUUCCUGAAUCAUUUGACCAUCCUCGAUAUGAACCUUAUUAUAUUCCUCAUCAUCCUGUACACCGUCCAGAUGAUCCUGCUACUAAAAUUCGAGUUGUCUUCAACGCCUCUUGCGCAUCUGCUAAUGGCAAAUCCCUCAACGAUCUUCUGCUUACCGGCCUGAAGCUGCAAGCGGACAUUUCCACUCUUCUGCUUCGUUUUCGUCUACAUCAAUUUGUUUUUACUGCCGAUAUCAGACAGAUGUAUCGACAGAUCCUGAUACGCCCUGAGCAGAGGGAUCUGAACACAGUCACCUAUGGAGUUUCCUCGGCUCCUUACCUAGCACUUAGAACCCUUCAUCAGCUAGCUUCGGACGACGGACUCAGAUUUCCUACGGCAAGGCAAGUCUUGCUGAAUGAGAUUUAUGUCGAUGACAUCUUGACCGGCUGUUCAUCCGAAUCUGAAGCUCUUGAAUUGCGAAAGCAGGUUCAAGACCUGCUCAUGGCGGGUGGUUUUGAGCUGCGUAAAUGGGCUACUAAUCAUCUUCCCCUGCUAGACGGUAUCCCAUCUGAUCAUCGUAGGGAAUCCUCCUCUAUUGACCCCCUUCUUCUUGACCGUGAACCAAGUCUCAAAAUUCUGGGACUUGGAUGGAAUCCUGCAUCUGAUCACUUCUUUUAUUCCGUCCGUUUAAACUCAACGACAGUCACCAAACGGAAUGUGCUGAGUCAGAUGGCUAGAAUCUUCGAUCCUUUGGGAUGGCUAACUCCAGUCACUUUCUUUGCCAAAAUCUUCUUUCGUCAGCUCUGUCUACUUCAUCUAGAAUGGGAUCAACCUCUCUCGAAUGAGAUUCAAAACCGGUGGUUGCAGUUUCAAUCCCAGCUUCCCACGUUGACAGAGCUUCACAUACCACGAUUCAUCCCUGCCGUUUCUUCUUCUGCUCAUCGCUUCAUCGGCUUCUGUGAUGCCUCUGAAUCCGGCUAUGCUGCAGUUGUUUAUCUAAGCACUCCUACAUCGUCCGGUCGAUUCCACGUGUCUCUUCUAGCGGCCAAAUCCAAAAUUUCUCCUUGUAAGGCAAUGUCCCUGCCUCGUCUAGAACUCUGCGGUGCCCAUCUUCUCGCAAAGCUCAUGCAUCAUUUGUCUACCCGCGUUUUACAGAAUCUCAGUGCUGACUAUUUUGCCUUUUGCGAUUCUUCUGUUGCCUUGUCGUGGAUCCGUGGUGAGAGUCACAGGUGGAAGACAUUUGUUGGCAAUCGAGUCGCUGAGAUACAGGAUUUGAUUCCUUCUAAUUGCUGGAGGCAUGUGAUAUCUGAAGACAAUCCAGCUGAUUGCGCCUCUCGAGGAUUGAUGCCCUCAGAUAUUCAUCACCACCCAUUGUGGUGGCGCGGUCCUCCUUGGUUGUCUCUCGACCCAUCCUCGUGGCCUCUUUCCUCUGUCGAUUCAUCUCAAACUGAACAGGUGGACGACGAAGCAAAGCCGAUCUCCUCCUUAAUGUUAGCGGCCAUCUCCAAUGAGCCCACCUUCAUAGAACGUUUCUCUUCGUAUCUUCGUCUCAAGCGCAUAACUGCCUUUUGUCGACGUUUCAUGGUAAAUGCUCGUCGUCCAUCUUUCCCUCGGUCAGGUUUCCUCUCCUCUAUUGAGCUUCAAGAAGCUGAAAUUUGUUUGAUACGUCUAGUUCAGUCUCUGCAUUUUGCUGAGGAGCUAGCUGAACUUAAAAAACCUUCUUCUCGUCAUCGGCUUGUCAUGAAACUCCAUCUCUUUCUCGACAAUCAUGAACUUAUACGUGUCGGUGGUCGCCUUUCAGCCUCCUUGCUACCUUAUAAACACAAACAUCCUGUUCUCCUACCCAAAAAUCAUCAUCUCACUCAUCUGAUCAUUGAUGAUGCCCAUUAUCGUCUACUUCACGCCGGUGCUUUAGCUACGCAUUCGUUCAUUCGUCGACGGUUCUGGAUCUUGGAUGGCUGCAACGUAGUUCGUAACCGUCUACGAAAAUGUAACCGAUGCUUCUCCUGCAAACCUCGUCCUCUCAUUCAGCCAAUGGGCAAUCUUCCGCCUGAGCGGUUAUCUUCUGCUAUGGCUUUUCUUACCACUGGCGUUGACUACGCCGGUCCAUUUUACGUGACGAGUGCGCGACUGCGCGGAGCCGUCAGCACCAAAGCAUAUCUAGUCGUCUUCAUCUGUUUCACUACUAAAGCGGUUCACCUAGAGUUAGCGUCUGAGCUAUCCACUUCAGCUUUCAUUGCUGCUUAUCGUCGCUUUGUUGCACGCCGAGGUCAUCCUUCUGUUAUCUUUUCGGAUAACGGCACCAACUUCGUGGGUGCGCAUAAUUACCUUCGUGACCUUGGCCGCUUAUUGGCUGCUCCACAACAUCAACAAAGUCUGUGUGAUGCCGCCUCUUCCUCUGGCACUGACUGGCGAUUCAUACCUCCUUCCAGCCCUCACUUUGGCGGCCUUUGGGAGGCUGCUGUCAAAUCUGCUAAGCAUCAUCUCACUCGCGUUAUCGGCGAGCAAAAACUCACGUACGAGGAGUUUCUCACCGUCUGUACUCAGGUGGAGGCAAUUCUCAACUCUCGUCCUCUGUAUCUCCCUUCGUCUGAUCCUUCUGAUUUUGAAGCUCUCAUACCAGGGCAUUUUUUGGUUUUUCGCUCCCUCACCGCUCCUCCUGAUAACGAUGUGAGUUCCGUAUCAGUAAACCGUCUGUCUCGCUGGCAACUAGUCCAACGAUUUCAGCAGGACUUCUGGAAGCGUUGGCGUACGGAGUACCUGCACACCUUGCAGCAACGUCACAAAUGGUUGCACCCAUCUACUUCUAUCCUUCCAGGUACCGUUGUCGUCAUUCGAGAUGACAAUCUUCCUCCUCUAAAGUGGUCUAUCGGUCGUAUAUCAUCUGUUUUUCCGGGAACUGAUUCCACAACCCGCGUUGCUGAUGUUGCCACUGCGUCUGGGACAAUUCGGCGACCAGUCGUUAAAUUGUGUCCUCUUCCAACUCAGUAG